AAUACGACUCUGCAAAUAUGAGUAGGAAAUGCAAGAACAACCGCGUGUAAUUAAUAUACACAUAUUUUUUUAUAUUAAUAUGAAUUAUGACGACGUGUUUCACUGUCCUAAUGAAUAGCAGAUAAAUGUUAUUAGACUUAAUCAUUACCAACGGUAGAGGGCGGGCCUCUGGUGACAGUGCCACACCUUGCUGUUGCUCAGCAGGUGGCGGUAAGAAGCUUUAACUUUGGCUCGCAAUAGCCACGAAGAAGAAAGUGUUCCGUUAUCACUUCCGCAACAUCUGACGGUGCAAUAACAUGGAUGUUAUGGCCGAAGUGAGUCAGGAGAGCGGGUUUGCCGGUGAAAGCGGCGCAGCCAGGAUCCAAGAGCGGCUCCAGAAGCGGCACCAGGCGAGAGCAGAAGACGCCGAGCGGAGGAGGGAGGCUAAAGAGAGCCGGUCUGUGGCGGAGGAGAAGGGCGAGUAUUUCUCCAGCACCUUCAACACGGAGCGGGCGUCCAUCGAGGAGCUGCUGUCCGGCUGCUCCGGAGCCGAGCGGGCUGUGGUGACUCAGAAACUGGAGGAGGCGACGGCCAGAACGCUCCAGCUGCAGAAGUUCCUGAACGACAGCUUGUUGUUUCUGACGCAGUACGAGCUGAGCAAAGCCCAGGCUGCUCUGCAGAAACUCCAGACCUCCCUCACUGAGAUCAGAGAGGAGGCUCUGCCCAAGAAGAAGUUCACCUUCCGGGCUCGAACCAAAGCAGCAGAUAAAGCUCCUGCACCUCUGUCAGACACACCUGAUGCAGGCGCACCUGCAGAUGCUGGUGGCACCGAGGUGGACGGAGCCGCAGCCCCAGAGCAGUGCGGCUUCUCCAACAUGGACGACAUGUCUCUGACAAAGACAGCUGAGGAGAUCCAGCAACGAGACGUGCUGCUGACUCACCUGACCAACUGCAAGGUGCGUCUGUUCGGCUCCCCCAGCACGCUGCACCUGAAACACAUCGACAGCUGCGAGAUCCUGUGUGGACCUGUGUCCAGCUCAGUGUUCCUGGAUCACUGUAGGAACAGCACUCUGGCCAUCCCCUGUCAGCAGCUGCGGACCCACAACACCACGGACACACAGGUGUAUCUGCACGUCACCAGCCGGGCCAUCAUAGAGGACUGUAGCGGGGUGAGCUUCGCCCCUUUCUCCUGGUCUUAUCCCACCCUGGAGGAGGACUUUACCGUGUCUGGCUUAGACCAGGAGCGGAACAACUGGAGCCAGGUGGAUGACUUCAACUGGCUCGCUGCGGGGACGCCGUCCCCAAACUGGACUGUUAUUCCAGAAGCAGACAGGAGAACCAAGUGGGACCCCUAGAAUCAAACUUCUUGUUAAUUUUCCAAAGGAGCAUGUGUUAGCCCAGAUACACUCAUGUAGUCUUGUUCAUGUUAGUUCACAAUCAUCAUUUGCAUCCAUGAACAGCACUUACAUUAAUUUUUAGUGCAGCAGUUGUUGGCAGAUGUAACUCAAAGCAGAGCAAAUGAGCAGUUUGUAUGAUGAGAUUAAAAAUCCACCUGUUGAAUCAGCCAAAAUCACAGUGGGACUCGGCUGAGACGGUGUAUCCACCUAUUUGCCAAAUUUAAACUCUAGUUUUGAUUAUCGCAGCUCAUGUUUUAUUGCUUACACUUAGCAAACGGUUGAAACUAAAAAGCAAAAUGCAAAACUGGGUGAUGACUGCACACAGAGAAAACUGGACUCUCCAAAUUAACACUAAUGCCUAUUUGUUCCUGUGGUAUCUCAAAAUUGGUACAUAUGUUCAGCCAGUAUUAGUUUAUCACAGAUAUAUUGGUAUUGUAUUUUCAGUUCAGAAAUGUUAAAUAAAACUGUGAAACGUCUUGUACGGAA